CAAGCUACGGGUAGGGUAAUGAAUAACCAGCGUAGACCCGCAGCUAGCUAAGUACGGAUUAUGGGUAACCAGUACUACUUCUUACUCAUGUUUACACGCUACAUAUAUAUAUCUGCUCACACUUCAUUAAAGCAUCUCCUUCUGGAGCUUUUUCAUUGCCAUUCUAGUGUAAAACAAAGGAUCAGCUCAGGAAAAUCAAUUUCAGUUUUCAGAGCUUCGAGCAUACCACUUUCGGAUCGAAAUCAUCAAAGCCAGCAGCCAGCUGCAGGUAUAUGCAUCCAUUAUACUGCUUGCUUAGUUGCUUGCUAGUUUUUGUUUGUUUACUUAGCUUGUUUCAUUUAUAAAACAGAUCCCUUUUUUCUUCUCACAGCUAGUAAGCUCCUCUAAGAUUACGUUCAUGUCUUCUUCUUCUUCUAAGUCAAAGUCAAAGCCCAAGCCUUCAAAGUCUCGCCCCCACCAUCCUUCUUCUUCAUCUUCGUCUGCUUCUUCUCACCCUCUCCAUGAAUUUGAAGAAAUAGUGUUUAACUCCGACUUUCUUGAUGCAUCCUACUACGAAAACUUCAUAGAAACGUGCUUAACCCUAUUGACAUCUGAAACCCACUUAGAAAUUCCCAUAACCCGUCAGGAUGCAGAGUAUGACUUGAACAAUUAUUUAAUUUUUUUUGUUAAGUUGGUAUGGGGAAACUUUUCUAUCAAAGUACUUGUUAAGAAAAGCGAUGUGUAUUUAAUUGCAUUUGCUUCAAACAACUGUGUAUGGUAUUUCAAGGAUGUUAGCUUGAGUCUCGUGAAACAAAUUUUUUCAUCCGAAGAGUAUAAGUCCUUUGAUAUUCAUCAAAUCGGUUUCCCAGCUUCUUAUGGCCAUCUUGAAAGGCAGGCAAAUCUUAUUACUACUAAUAGGAUGAGUCUUUCUCUAAGUUUCGCUACUUUUAAUUCCUACAUUUGUGAGCUUUGUGGGUUGAACAAAAAUGACCGUAAAAGAGAUUACUUAAUAGCCCGAGGCUUUUUAUUCUUCAUUCAAAUGAUUCCUGAAUGUAUAAGGCUGAAAAAGUUUCAAAACAAAGUCUCUGAAAUUUCCCAACUUAAUGAUGAUGGUACUUUUCCGACCUUUGAUCCAACUCGUUUUGACGUGAAAUGUCAAAAUAAUUGGGAGACUAUGUCCGAAAGAACCCUUCAAAUGAAUAACCUCACAACUAAUUUUGAUAAACCUGUUGUUCUUGGUGAUGGUAAAGGUGAGACGAUUGAGUGUGGCGAACAUGUUAAACAACUUGUGCACAUAUUGAAGUCCAAAAAACUCUCUCCAGGUUGACAUAUAUUGUAAUCUUCAUGGUUAGUUGAUGCAUACUGGGAUGGUCGGAUGCGGAGGAUCUGAAGAACCACAACUAAGUUUGAGAACCGUACGUUUCUGGAAAUUGCAUGGGCCUUCUUGCACUCUUCAUGUUUAAUUUAUUUUUGUUUUGGCAAUCUUUCUAAUUUGGUGUUAUGUUUUGUAAAAUCAGACUCUCGUUACAUCAAUGUCCUCCCUUAUUUUGUGCACCAAAUUAAUUCCCUUAUUGUCGCUGUAAUUUUUGGUUUGUUAUAUUCACUUGAAGGAAGACGCUUAAAAUCUCUAUUUUGUUUGUAAAAUCAUAAAAUUGCG